CAUCGUAUAAGCUUAUGGGAACGAGGGUAGGCCACCCUUUUCGUCAAGAUGGCGCCGAAAGCGAAGAAGGAAGCUCCUGCCCCUCCCAAAGCCGAAGCUAAAGCGAAGGCCUUGAAAGCCAAGAAGGCAGUGCUGAAAGGCGUCCACAGCCACAAAAAGAAGAAGAUCCGCACAUCGCCCACCUUUCGGCGGCCCAAGACCCUGCGGCUACGAAGGCAGCCUAAAUACCCCCGGAAGAGUGCGCCCAGGAGGAACAAGCUUGACCACUAUGCCAUCAUCAAAUUCCCCCUGACCACCGAGUCAGCCAUGAAGAAGAUAGAAGACAACAACACGCUUGUGUUCAUUGUGGAUGUCAAGGCUAACAAGCACCAGAUCAAACAGGCUGUGAAGAAACUCUAUGACAUCGAUGUGGCCAAAGUCAACACCCUCAUAAGGCCCGACGGAGAGAAGAAGGCAUAUGUUCGGUUGGCUCCUGAUUAUGAUGCUCUGGAUGUUGCCAACAAAAUUGGAAUCAUCUAAACUGAGCCCAGCUGGCUAAUUCUAAAUAUACACUUUUUCACCAUAAAAAAUGCUGCUUGGUCUUUUUUUUUUUUUUCACUUUCUGGUUGGGCUGCUGACAUUGCUGUACUGUGGUAUAAACUAAGGUAUAUGCUUAUAUGGGAUGGGUGCCGGGAAGUGUUUUCCCAGCUCUGAGCAAAAAAUAAAUCUACUCCAUUGGAA